AUGAAUCCGCGCGACGACAUCAUCCAGCUGAAAGUUCCCAAUGACGCCGGGAGCAUUGAGUGUCUCAAUGUCCACCGCGGUGUUCUCUGCAAGAGCUCGGGGUUCUUUCAAAAAGCCAUGAAGCCAGAGUGGACCAAGUUAGGAGAAGAGAAAACUGUCGACCUUCCGGACGAUCUGGCGAGUACGGUCAGCGACUACAUCGUGUGGCUUUACCAGGGCAGCAUUGCAAUUAAGCCCUUUCUGCCAAGCACCGAGCCGAUUGAAGAGAGGGCCAGGAAAGCGGAGAAGGUCUACCUUCUGCUUGCAGAAGCAUACGUCUUUGGUCAGAAGAUUCUCGACUCGGGGUACAAGAACGCGGUAGUAAAGGCCAUUUUCUCAGCCCAGAUGUUUUCAGGCUGGAAUAUGGGACCAAACUGUGUAACAACGAUCUACGAAGGCACACCUCCAGAGUCCCCAGCUCGUCGCUUGUUUGCUGACAAAUUGGCACACUCAGCCUACGACGACUCAGCAAAUGGAUUUGGCUGGAUGCAGUGUAUCGAUGGAUAUCCGCAGGAGGCUUUGACGGAUGCAAUGAAGGCAUUGCUGAGGGUUCGUAAAGCAGUCGGCCGUGCUCCUGUUAUCACAUCAUACCUUGAGAAAGAGCAGGACUAA